CACCUCUCACCCCUGUUGACAUCCUCCAUCCAGAAUUCACAUACCUCAUUGCAUCGACUCGUACCAAGGAUCGUCUUCUCACCAAUAAUAUCGAGAGGGACAAAAACCUCUUCCCGCCCUUCCGUAGACUCGGGAUCCCUUUGCCGCUUUCGUAUCACUCCGUCACCACCCCUCAUCUUGUUCACAAACACAUAUCGAUUUUGACAAACUCGACUCUCUCUCCCUCUCUCUUAUCCUCCUCCUCCUUCACUUCGCUCUCACUGGAUCAACUAUAAUCCCCUCAUUCCUCCACCAUGCGCCCCAUCCUUUCCCUCUUCGCUCUCGCUUUCGCUUUGACCGCCCGAGCUGUAGCCCUCAUCGAAACAUAUACCGAGCCUUGGGCAGAGGGCAACACAUACGUUCUCUCGGUUGGUACAGAUGCUUUUGGAGACGAUAUCACUAAGACUCUAUCACAAAUCGGCGCAACAGGUGCUGCUACCUCCACAAAAACAACCAAAACUACAAAAACGACGGAUGGAAGGCCAACAACGACAGCAAAUCGUGUAGUAGGUCAAGACACCACAGCCCCUCCCAUGCAGACGACAACGUAUUGGUACGACCCUGGUGACGGUGUCUGGACCGUUGGAACGUGGACUGCGACCGUAACUGCAGCACCUGCCGUGCCGACGGCCAUCGUCCCCGAGGGCACGAUACAGGACUACAAUACGUAUCAAAAUGGGGUCAACUCCGCCGUUCUUUCCAGUGCUGCCGCUGCUGGUCUGUCAAGCAACUCGACCGGUAGUUCUGGGGCUACUUGUAUCCGACCCACCGGCUGGGCGGGUAGUUUGUGGAGUGGCGUGUUGGUGGGCGUACUGGGGAUGUUCGCGAGCGGUUGGUUGUUGUAACCCUAUACCCAGAGGUUUAGAUGAGUGGAGAGGAGAGAUGGAAAUGGCGUGCCUGUACGAGGAGCGUCAGAAGGGGAGGAUGGAUGAUGAUAUGUAGAUUAGUCGAUAACCGACCCAUUGACGCUCACGACUGCAUGUAUGGACAUUGCCAUUCUG